AUUUCAUCCCUAGUGAAAGGUUUAAAAAACUUUCUGAAUUUAAUUGUGUUUCUAUUUUCUCAUCAAAUAGUACUAAUUAAUUUUGCAACUGGUAGACUUGUGACUGAAGUUGUUGAUAUUGGACCUCCUGCUGAUUGGGUCAAGAUCAAUGUGCGCGAAACUAGAGAUUGCUUUGAGGUAUAUGCUCUUGUUCCUGGGCUCCUACGAGAGGAGGUUCGAGUUCAAUCAGAUCCUGCUGGACGUCUGGUCAUAACAGGUCAGCCAGAGCAGCUUGACAACCCUUGGGGUAUCACACCCUUUAAGAAGAUUGUGAGCUUGCCUGCUAGAAUUGAUCCGCUUCAGACAUCUGCUGUUGUUAGCCUGCAUGGAAGGCUCUUUGUACGUGUUCCUUUUGAGCAAGGAUCAGUUUAAAUUAUUUUCACCUGACCAUCAGCUAUCUCGUUAGGUUUUCUGCGUAGGAACUGUAAUGGUUUAGAGAAGAAAUGUAAUGGAAAGGAAACACAGCCUUGUUGAAUCAAUUGAUAUCUCCCUUUCCUCUUUUCAUUUGUUAUUGAAGUUGAAAGAACUGGUAGUUUAUGAAGGCAUUUGCAUUUUUAUGAGAUACCCAAAGCCCAGGAAGAGCAAUGCCAUUGUUAUCUCCGGUGGUUGUAAAUUGAAUGUGUUAGAAUCAUUAACAACUGUACCUGUGCACUUAGCUUCUUGAAUUGGGCUAAGUCUCUUAUGGGGUCCAAAUGAAAAAUCUCUAGUUGGGCCUAUGCUUCUGUUCAUGUCCCAAACAGGGAACAUCUUACUGUUUGGUAUGAUUUUGAUUUUUAAUUUUAAGUUUUAUUUUUUUUAUAUAUUUAGUAGCUAUUAUUAUAUUUAAAAAUUAAAAUUUAUUAUAAAAAUUAUAAUUGAUU